UUUUUAGGCAUCAGUUGUUCGAAAGACGUGACGACGCGCAAAUCCCUUACGCACACGCUUCGCGGCUUCACGUAUAUCUUUCGAUUGAACAAGUUCAACGGUGACGUAGCGAUCGCAGUGUUUUCGUGCGUCGUUUUCGCGUUUCCGCGACCUCUUCGUCGCCCGCAAAACCCGGCGACAGAUGUGACCAAAUCGGUACCCCCACAAGUAUAAUAAUCGCACGCGAUAUUCGUUGUGGCGUAUCCUCCGUCCUGGAAUUCCGGAGGGGGGAAGUCUCCCAUCGCCAGGGAUAACGUAGGUCCAGUAAGAGAACCAGACCAUUUGACUCAAAGUCCGGUCCUCCGUUGUUGCUGCUGCUGCUACUACUGCUAUUGCGACGUGUACAUACAUGCGACGGCCAAGGGAUGUAUUUUUCAAGGCCGUCCGAUAAUAUGAACGGAUACAGGUACUCGAAAACAGCGUCGGUCCUUGGCAAGCUCGUCCACGUGAUAAGGAUUUUCGGUGUGUUUACGGCCAUCGUCAUGUUCGGAGUAGGUGUCGACAUAGCGAUACACCACUACACUUUUGGAUUUUACAUUAUGCUGAUGUCAUUAUUUGUGUUCUUUUUGGAAAUUACUUGGGCCAUCACAUUGUUCCUAAACGUUUGCAUAAAAAACGAAUUCAAUCCAAUAUUCAGUUGUUGGGAAAUUGUGUUGUGGUUACGUCUUUGGAAGAAAUCGAUGCUGUAUACAAUUUUCUCGUUAGUAUUCUUUUUAUGGCCACAUGGAUUGUGGCUUUCUAACAUAGCAGGUAUUCUGCUCUUGUGGUUAUCAUUUUUAUAUAUAGUCGUCACAUUCAAAGACUUGGUACAAAAGCGUUCAGACUUUGUUAUUGUACCCAAAGGACAAGCAACUACUUCAUAUGAUCAAUAUGAUGACAUAUCCGAUCUUCUUGGAGAUUCUGUUCAAAUAUCGUUAUCAGCUGACAACCUAUCAGAAUUGGAUCAAGAUGGAAUUUUAGAAUUAUAAUAAUUGUUAUGUACAAAUAUGUAUGUGUUAUUUUUAGUAAUAAAUUUUGUAAAUACAUAUUAUUAAACAAAUAAAUUAAAAUUUGUUUGUCAACUAAAUUAAAUUAAUUUAAUAUUUAGUCAUUCUUAACUACUCUAAAGUGUUUAACUCCAAAUAACUUGAAUGAUGUAACAGCAUAAAUAAAACAAAAAUAAAUUCAAUAGGUUACAAAAUAUGAAUAUUCAAAUGUACA